AUGGAUCCCAAAGAUAAGGGUGUUGAUGUUGAGGGAAGCAACAACUUGGGGGCUUCCAGUGAGGAUGAUCUUGAUACCUAUGUCGUGUUGCGAGGAGGACCUGACCCAAUAGCUUUUGAGAAUUGGGUUCAGGAGAUCAAGGAGAUGAUGAUAGUACCCUGCUGCAUUGAUGAGCAAAAGAUUCUUUACGCCUUGUUUAAAAUGAUGGGGGAGAGACCGGUACCAGUGCCACCGUCAUGGGCCAGAUUUAAGGAGCUAUUCUUUGACCGGUACUUCCCUUCUUUUACCCAUGAAGAUAAGGUAGGGGAAUUUACCAGCCUAACCCAGGGGAGUAUGACUAUCGGGGAGUAUGCAACGAAAUUUGUGGAGCUAUCUUGCUUCACAUUGUAUAUGAUCCCUGAUGAGGUGAGGAAGGAAAAAAGGUUUGAGAAAGACUUGCAACGGAGGAUGUUGGAGCAAGUGGUGGUUUUCCAGGUCCACAACUUCUCGGACUUGGUGGAUAAGGCCUCAGUAUUGGAGAAGAGCUUAUAG